CCGCAGGCAGAUUUUCCAUUAAUUCCAAUUGGCCGUUUCCGAAAUGUAAAUCGAUCUUGGACCGCAACCCAAUAGAUUACUUUGCUGAAGUUCAACAAAUUGCCUUUAGUCCAGCUUAUAAUUAACCCUUAUAAUUAACACAUCGGCUAUCCUAUAUUGCAAGGCUACAAUGGAGGAACCAUCCAAAAGAAGAAAGUUAGUAGUUAAGAGGAGAUAGUUGAUUAACAGAUUCAACCAAGAGUUUGCUAUGCUCGGUGGACAGCUGGACGGCGAACUGCUUGUCAGCCCGCGCCAAAACGUUCUGCUGGUUGGGGAAGAUGUUGUGAAUAGCGCAGACGAAGAUGCCGAUGAUGAAAGAGAUGACAACGAGGACGCACCGCUUUCCUUGAACAAUGACGAGAUGUCUGAGACUUCGGGCCAUUCAAGCUCAAGAGAUGUAAACCAAUGGUCUCCAACAUCAAUCAAUUUCAACGACUUACCCCAAAGUCAAAAUGACGAUGAAAAUCAUGCUUAUAAUAAUCGUUCAGAAUCCUUGUUGGAGUCCGAUUCUGAUGCAACACCUCAAUCUACUACAGAUGAAAGCGAACAAUCCGGUGACGAAAGCAUAGACUUGGAGGAUUGGGACGACAUCGAUGCCAUUCUAAAUGCAGAAGCGGAGCCAAUUGAUCAAGAUGUGGAGCUGAAAGAGUUUUUGGCCGAUUGGUUAACGAAAGAAGACGUCUCGGGCGCAGCCGCCGACAGGUUUAUCAAAGUUUGAAAGACCUUCGUCAUCAAGGCCCCACAUUCACUUUCUUGCCAAACUGUUCAAGAACCCUACUGAAGACUCCACGCAAAGUAUCUGUUAUUCCGCUAUCGGGCGGAGGUGUUUAAAAUCACUUUGGGUUAGAAAAAAGAAUUCAACAUCAACUUGGGCGACGUCUACUCAACAAGAUUCCUUCCGUCGUGAGAGGGCGCGCGAACACGGAUGGAUUGCCGCUGAGUAAAAGCAGCUUAAGUCAUUUUCAUCCCAUUCUGUUUCUGUUAGAAGGAGAGCAAACUCCUUUCCUUGUCGGAAUUUACCAUGGACAUCAGAAGCCUGCAAGUGCAAACGAAU